AGAUGGAGACCGCCAGUAAAAUGAGCCUAGCAGCUCUACAACAACAAGAUCCGUAUAUCAACAAACUUCUCGAUGUUACCGGACAGGUAGCACUGUACACCUUUAAUUCCAAAGCAAAUGAAUGGGCUGAUGCUCCAUCCUAGGAGUGGUCAAAGAAUCAACUGCUGCCUUGGACAGUCGGGGAUCCCCAUUGGGAGGACAGGGCGACCCCGCCACCAGAACGGGCCCCAUGGCAGCGGCUGGCUGUGACUCCACGAUUGGAGUGGGGGUCUCCUUAACAAUGGCUAGUCAACGCUCUUGCUGAGGGGGGUGCAGACCUUGGUGUGCUGGUCUGUGCUCUCUGGAGUUGUCUUCAUCUGAUGGGGAGCUGGGCCUCUCUGGAGUUGUCUUCAUCUGAUGGGGAGCUGGGCCUCUCUGGAGUUGUCUUCAUUUGAUGGGGAGCUGGGCCUCUCUGGAGAGCAGAAGCGGACCUGGCGCUCCUGUGACUAUUGCCGGGAGGGCCUAGAGUACGCCCUCCUGAUCUCUUCCCUUUCAUAGAGCAGCUCCUCGUAGUCCCUCUGCAGCUCCCAACUGGAGAAGGUGUGGUCACUCCAUGGCCACUGAGGAAGCCUGGAGCAGGGCUUGAAAUAUCUUGGACGAGAGAGGGGUGUAAGCUCAUUUUCGGGAAAAGACCGAAAUUGAAGGCACCUUAUUUGUUUAUGCCAGGUGUGCAUCCCCUCAUCAUGGCUUCACCAUCAUGAAUCGCCUGAGCACAGAGAAUCUGGUGGAGCCCAUCAACAAAGACCUUGAGUUUCAGCUCCAAGACCCCUUCCUGCUGUACAGGAAUGCUAACUUGGGCAUAUACAGCAUCUGGUUUUACGAUAAGAAGGACUGCCAGCGCAUUGCUCAGCUCAUGGUGAAGAUUGUGAAGCAGGAAGCCUUGCAGGGCCACCGGGGCUCCCCAGAGAGGACUGACGUCCCAGGGAGGACCAAUGGCUGCUCCAAUGACAUCCUGGAGCUCCUCAGCAAGGCCAAGGAUGAGUUCCACAGGACUCAGGCGGGGGAAACAGAGAUGUCCGUUACUGCUGAGCAGAGGGUGAACACCGAGACGCUGAAAUCAGCCGGUGACACUACAGCGCACGCUCACAGCGCCUCGCAGCCAGAACAGAGCUCUCACUCUGGCCAGAGGCAGAUCACUGUGGAGGAGCUGUUUGGCAGUUCUCUACCGAAGGAGGCCAGCCUGCUGCCAGCCAUGCCCACCCAGAGUUCCACAGACCCUGCUGCCACGGCCCCCGUCAGCUUCCUCCAGGCCCAGAGCUAUGCUCCACCCAUCCCUUUCCAGCCCUUACUGACACCCCGCCUCACAGCAGACCCAGGGGGAAACAACCGGCACCUCACCCCUGGUCUGAUCUCCCUGAUGGAGGCCAGAGGGAGCCCUGGCCCAGGCUACGCCCUCUACCCUGUGUUCCCCAGUGGACCUUCAGGGGACCCCCAGCACUCUGUGUCCCCACUGUUGGUGACGCCAUCUGGGGUUGAGGCUUGCGGUCCUCCACCUGGCCCUCUGUCGGCCUACCUGGGGAAGGAACCGGCCUACCUGAAACCCAGCCCCUCUGAUCUCCACAAACCUGCCCUCACACCUAGCGUCUUGCCCAGCCGGCUGGCCACACCCCAGAGCUUCAGAGAGCCAAUCACCAAGCCCGCUGCCCUCAGCAGCAUGCCCACAGGCCGUGUGCAGGCUAUCCCUAUGAAGGCGGGUCUUGUGGUACCGGGGGCGGGCACUUCACUUACGGGGGCAAAGCACUCCAUUCUGCUCUCACCAAGCGCCUUUCAGCAUUCUGUUGCCAAGACAACGGAACUGCAGAGGAAAGCUCCCCCUCCCUCGCCUCCGCCCGCAGCCACAGGGGUGGUGGAGCUCCCCCAACCCUCCUACAACAGGAUCCAGUUACAAGACACACUCAUCCACCUCAUCAAGAAUGACCCAGUGUUUCUCAGUGCCAUCCACGAGGCCUACCUCCACAGUCUCUCCAAGGACCUGAGCCGCGUCAAGCUAUAGCCUCAUUCCAAACCUGAGGCUGGGCCUGGACACGCCUGGACAGGGGCACCAGCCAACCUAACCUACAGGUACUGGACCACUGGGGGCUACUGCUGGCCAUGUGCAGAGGCACAAACACUCCUAACUUGAGGCACAAACUGGCUCUGUACCUCUGGAGCAGCUAUGUGACUGCAGGAGGAGGACGGGACUCGAAUGUAGGAGGCUCAUAUCAUUGUUCUCCUACCCUGUGUGGAGGAGAAGGUGAAUGGGGACAUGUCACAGUAGUGUCAAAUCAAGUACGCACUCUAGUAAGACAUAUUGUUGAUGAGAAAUAAACCCCUGGGGAAGGAGGAUGAUAAUAAGGGUAAACCGUAAACCCUCAUAUGUCUUGGGAAAGAGCCUCCGGCUCUCUAUGGUGAGGUCAGUGCUUAGGGACUUGCUGUGCAAGCCAAAAUUCAUUCAACUCCAGGUCCACUUCCUUGUUCUUCCUCAGUACAGCUGGGAUUCUACACACAUGCUCUCUCUCGUACCCCCUCUCUCUCUUUCUCAAUCUCUCGUGAUCCUUCUUUCUGUCAUUCCCUCACCCCAUUCAUGACCACCAGCCUCCGUUGCUAUGCCUGUUAAGGGAUGUGUGUAAUAGAUUGCAAUGCCUUUUGGGAGAUUAUAGUUUUUUUUAUAUAACCAGGCUUAAGUGUGUUUUUUUCCAAGGGUUUAGACAGAGAAUUGUUGUAUUCAUUUAGGCCCUAUUACGUGGGGUGAGGCAGUAAAAGCUACUGCAAGACUGUACCUGAGCUAACUGCUAUCAUCAAAAGGAUAAUCUUGUUUAAUAAGGUUGAUGUCCGCGCCCCUGUGGAAAUCCAAUUGGCAUAAUGAAUUUUUUUUAAACAUACAAAUCAGUCAGUUUAAGCUAGAGAUCCACUGCAUCGGCCUAUAUCACGCUUCCACAUCUGGUGAAUGGUGACAGAGCUAGAGCGGUGUUUGUCAGAUCAUGAACAUCCCGAAAAUCGGUCUUCUCACAACAUGGUCUGCAGUGUCUGAACAGUGACCCCUCUAUGGAAGGAUGGAUACUCUCACCAACACCAUAGUGUUCUCCGUUUUGCCCUACACCUGCCACACGUCAGGAGACUUGUCUGAAGUCGGUACAGACGAUCUGCCAACUUCUGUCUGUAACGUCCCAACCGUUUGGCCUACACACUAAUAUGACCCCUCUGUGGAAAGGUGAGACUGUCACGAA